CCCACUAGUCACAUGCGUCCGGUUCCGGUCCCAUUCCCACCUGAGUGCUCGACAACUGCUCUACUCACUGAAUAUUGAAUCUUUGGAGGAAGGAGACGAGACGAGAGGAGAGGAGAGGACCGAUGGGCCUCGGCGGCGGCGCCGGAGACGGGAUCCUGGCCGUGAUGCCGGUGGACGCCAUCCCGCUCACGGAGCCUCAGAUCGUCGCCGGCGGCAGGUCCGUCGGCCUGCCGGCGGACCUGCUCAACUGCCAUAACUGCCGCUUCCCCCUCAAGCCCCCGAUAUUCAAGUGCGACGCCGAGCACCUGGUCUGCUCCUCCUGCCGCGGCGUCCACGGCGAGGCCUGUGGGGGCCGCCCCGCCGUCCACUCCGCCCUCGCCGACCUCUUCGCGGCCUCCGCCACCGUGCCCUGCGGCUACGAGCUGUACGGGUGCGAUGCCGGCGGCGUCGUGUACCACGAGGCCGCCGACCACCGGCGCGCGUGCCAGCACGCGCCCUGCUGCUGCCCGGACCGCGCCGGGGCGGCCGGCAUCGGGGGCUGCGGCUUCGUGGGCUCCCGCCAGAUGCUGCUCGACCACAUCUCCGGCCCGGACCACUCGCGCCCCAUCAUCGUCGUCCGCUACGGCCAGCCGUGGAACCUCAGCCUGCCCCUCUCGCGCCGCUGGCACGUCCUCGUCGGCGAGGAGGACAAGGCGGUGGCCGUCGCCGCGGGCGCCGACCGGCACCGCAACCUGUUCCUCGUGUCCCUCGGCGAGCGCGGCGCCACCACGGCCGUGUCGCUGGUGUGCGUCAGGGCGGACGGCAAGGCGCCAGGCGCGCCGCAGUUCGCAUGCAAGCUCGCCGUGGAGAGCGACGGCUGCAGGCUCACCCUGGAGUCGCCUCUGGUAUGCAGCAGCUCCCUGUCCGUUGGCUUGCCAGGCGACGUCAAGUGCCUGCCGGUGCCCAAAGAUUUUCUGUCCGGCGACAGUGUGCCCCUCAGCAUCCACAUCGAGAAGCUCCCGGCGACAGUGGCGCUGGCCUCGAUUUCUCCGGCGGCCGCCACGCCUCCUCCUUGCCCGGCCGCCACCAUCCCGCCUUCUCGUCGGUCCUCCGGCUCCUCUGACAACGUCGCAGUCAAGACGGUAAUAACAGAUCAGAGCUACAAGAAACGGAAAUCUGCGAACCCAAGGAAGCUUUAGCCUUUAGGAGGGAGGACGAUGAUGGGGUGGACUGGAGUGUAGUGCCCGACUAGCAGUGCGCAUAGCAAUAAGCUAUAUUCUGUAAUGUGCAAUCAGUGUUCUGUUUCCUUAAUCUGAAGGCCAUGGUUUUAAUCAAGUCUGAAAUAACCAGACAGCUUGCAUUCCUUUUGUUGAAGCAGGCCUGCACAUCCUGUCUAGUACUGUUGUAGUGAUGUACAUAUGUGCUGCUACAGUUUUAGCAUUUUUAGUACUGUUAAGAAACUUGGUUACCUA